GCCUCUUUUCCAUGUUCCAAGUGCGCUGCAUGUUGCAACCAAAGAUGGCGCAGGUGUCAAGAUUAUCAUCUGCAAGGGCAAUAUUUCUUAAACCUGCCACUCAGUGUUUGCAUGUUACCAGGACAACACUUAGAGAAAAUCAUCUUUUCCAUACUCUUUCAAAGAAUGGUAGUCUAUCUCUCUCAGUUCAAACACCAGUCCAAGAGCAGGUGAGGAAUUAUCAGAAGCCACCCCAGAAGCCAGGGUUGCUCAAAAAAUUUCUGGAAAACUUGCAGGAGGGGCUUCAAAGAGACAAAGCCUUGCAGGACAACAUAAAGCAGUUUCAGCAAGAAGCAAAAAAAUAUGAGGAAACAGAAGCGGUUAAACUCGCAAAGGAAAGAAUGUCAUUCAUGGGAAAAGUAAAGAAAAAUGUCCAGAGCUACUCUGAUCAAGUGUCAAAAACAGUGAAGUCAUCCUCUGAAAAUUUAUCAUCAUCUGUUGGAAAGAUAUAUGAUGAUGCCAAGCAGUCUGAUAUAUUCAAGAAAACGCAGGAAUUUUCAGAAGAGGUUGGGAAAACAGCAAAGGAUGCCGCUUCAAAGAUAUCACAACAAAGUGAAGAGAUUGGCAAAACUGAAGCUUUCAAGACCGUAUCGAAGGCCUACAAAGUUGUUGAGAAGGAGCUCUUAGAAGAUAUCGUUGACCAAUCUAAGCCCUACUCAAGACCUGAGGUACUAAGGCGUCGAACAGUAGAAGAAAGUGAAUCAGAGAAGUCAAAAGACAAGGAAUAUGAAGCGAACGCGGAUGCAACCGGCAUGGUACUCCACGCUGAAUCAAAAUGGUCACAGCAAUGGAAAGAUUUCAAGGAUAACAAUCCAGUUGUAAAUGGCUUGUUCUCUCUUAAGAUGAAGUAUGACGAGAGUGACAACAUUGUUAUCAGAGCAACAAGAGUUGUCACGGACAAAGUGACGGACAUUUUCAAGGAUGUGUUCUCAACUUCUGAAAUGGCGGCUACCAUGGCAGAAAUAGCGAAAAUUGACCCACGCUUUAACAAAGAUAAGUUUCUCCUAGAGUGCGAACGAGAAAUUAUACCCACCGUACUAGAGGCAUUCAUAAGAGGCGAUGUAGAAAUUCUUAAAGAUUGGUGUCACGAAGGGGCAUUCAACAUAUUAUCAGAACAAAUCAAGCAUAAUAAAUCGAUAGGAAAAGUUAUAGAUUCAAAAAUUUUAGACAUAAGAGACCUAGACCUUGCUGUUGCAAAAAUAAUGGAACAAGGACCUGUAUUAAUAAUGACAUUCGUGGCACAACAAACGAUGGUUGUUAAAGAUACAAGGGGAAAUAUAAUAGAAGGAAAUGAGGACAACAUUGAAAAUAUCCAUUACAUAUGGGCAAUGUGUAGGGACCAAACAAUUUAUGAUCCAAGGCAAGCUUGGAGAGUUUUAGAAUUCGGUAUUCAACAAGCAACGCCUUGGGUGUGAUUGUAAUCGUCAUAGUAAUCUAGCUUGUGUCGUGGUUCGCGCUCCCCAUUGAGCUGACUGUCAUUAGCAUGUUCUAGCUACUAUACGGGGCUUGCAACUAGUUGGGUAUUAGGAAUCUGGCGAAGGAGAGAUCUCAGCAAAGUAGUACUUGUUGAGGACACAAACUGAGUCAUCUCUCGUAUGCAUUCGAAGAGCAUGCGCGCUAGGAAUUUUAGCUCGUUGUGCAUGCAUACAUGAGGUAACUAGUUCGUCGAAUGACUAGUUUUUCGUCCUUGCGGUUUUAUAGUGUCAAACUAUUCAUCAAUAAAUUGUAUACUUAAAAUCAAGAACUUUUAACAUACCAAGUAGAUGGUAUUUUCAAUCUCUGGUGCACCUUUCUCCGGAUUCUUAAUACCUGCGUGCGGUUACGUUUAUAGAAUGAUGCGGAGCUGUGCUUAAAUCCGGCUAAAGAUAACAGCUUUUAUAAGCAGUAAUAAUUUUAACCAUCUUUAUUUAACUCGCUUUGUAAGAAUCGUUUUAAGUAGAACUCUAAGAAAUGUGUGUAAUUUAAAAAAGAUCUUACCUUAUGCUCAGAAUUAAAACAGUAGCUUUUCGAGUUUUGCUUUGAUGCUAAUUUUCAGUUCCAAACAGUUUCCCUGUGAGGUAGUUAAUGCUGUUGCGUGGUCGUUUUGCAAUGUGGUACAGAAUACAGAUAACUUGCAACCACUAUUCUUAACAUGUUAUUGCAUUUUCUUCGCUGUUUGGACCCAUCUAACGUAUCCCUGAAUUUUUCCCCGGCGUCAUAUAGAUUUUUUUUGUAGAAACUUUUUAAGGGAUGAUUAAUCUUGAUGAAAUUCCAAUUAUAUCAAGGCUACAUUGUGAAAACUUUUCUCAGGGCUAUAUGGGGAAACACUUCCAAGCGACAGUCAGUGGUUUAAGCAAUCCUGACAAUCAGCUAUUAGCUAAUCAAUAGUUUGAGUAACGAAUAUUGAUUGGCUAAUUGUUGAUCGUAAACAAAGAGUUAGAACAAUAGGUUUCCAGACCAGUCCUCCCUUCUAUUGACUUUGGUUUAAGCCAGUUCUGUAUCUGUCGAUUGGCUUUCACAGGCGUCUCCUAUAUUGUGUGCAAGAGCUAUGAUUUUCAGUAAAUUGUGAUGGAAAGAGAUUAUCUAUCGUCUUUUAAUAAAGCACGUGAAUGUAGUAUAUUCUAUCAUUGCGAGUUGAUAUAUUUUUCAAUGGAUUUGAGACAAUUACAUUAUGAGCUUCCA